GGCACUCCGCAUUAGGUGCAGUUGGUCUGGGCACGAAGAAUAUUGUGGAACAAUACGUCUUGGGCCGUAGUCUCUAUGGAAUGCCAGGAGAUAGACGGAAACGUGCACAUAACGGGGAAUCAGAUACAGCAGACGCAAAGCGAUACCAGCCUGACUCAACUACCGGCGACACCCAAGGUGCGCAGAUGUCGCAGCAGAUGCACUCAGACGCCCCCACCCGUCCAGGCGGAGCAGGAGUUGGAGGUGACGGUGAAAAUUCGACAGAGCUCGUUCAGCAGAUUUUGCGCGUACCUCGCGACCACGGAGUGGUCACAGUCUUCCGUGACAGCAAAAUACUCACCACAUGGGCCUACGCAAUGCUGAAGACUAAUUUAGUUUAUGACACCGAGAAAACGUUUCCAGGAGUUCUGACUAGCCUGUCACGCUUGCCAGUGGACCGGCCGUAUCUUUACAUUCCUCACGGCACCUACCUUAACCUACCAGCUCACACAAGAGCUGUUAGCUGCUCUGUCAAGGUAACCCCUCAUGGUUUACGCACGCCAUGGAAGACGGGCUCUUCGGUUGUCCAACCCGUCAACUCUGACAUGCUAGUUUAUGGCCUUAGCUCCGUCGGACUGAACCACUACUUGGAUACCGGCAUGUGUCGUGUGAAGAAAGGCGAGACAAACAACCCGAUGAAGCCACAGUCUUAUUUACCAUUUCAGGAGAAGGACCACUCGGAUCUGGCUAAGAGCUACUGGGGUCUAAAGAUCACACCCGGAAACGAGGAUGACGAUGGCGAUGACGAAAAGAGCAUACCUGCGUGCAUGGGUGUACCACGUCACAACUUUGCUUACGACUUUAUUCACAUUCACAAGGCAAGUCCCCGCUUGACCAAGUUCGUAAACCAGUUUCCGUUCAAAGGUCACGUGGGCACACCUAUAGUCAACUAUGAGUACCAGUUUGGAAGUGACGCAUGGCUAAAGAUGGGUCCAACUUAUAACGCGGGAAACGAGUUGCUAACUCGUACACACCUUGGCCUGCCUGCUGACGUUGUAUCCUACACCACUAGCAACAUGUCAAACUACGAAUCGUACGAGCAAAAGCCAGAUACCAACAUCACCAUGCGGCUUCGACCCGACGAUAUGCACACGCGCCACGUGAAGUAUUUGGACCCUAUGGAAAAUACUUACUUCACCCGAGGUUUAAAAACGAUGGCGCACUCAACUAUUCAACCAAGUUUGAGUUUUGGGGUAUUGGCAGUAAGCAAGUCUAACAAGGACGACCCAGGCAGUACUGAAACCUUUCAAGACAUUGCCGCCUUUUUUCAAAUUGACACAGAACUGGUGGUUCACUCUGACGUAGACACCAUAGUUGCCGACAGUGUUACUUUACCCUCGAACGUGGGGCCUUACUUGCGUCACUCCAACGAAAACAUCAAAGCAAGUUACAACAGCCUCACACGUCACGGACGUCCAGUCAACCUCGCUCGCACGGAGUCCGAAGUUACCGAACACAAGGCAGAGCUGCAGAAGAUUGCGCAAGCUCAAAUUAAUGCAUCAAAAGAAGUUGCUUCAAGAACCCUACGCUCGGUGCCAUUUUUCCCACAAUAGAUCGUUCUGUUUAAUAAAAGCAAAAUAAA